CUCCGGCACAACAGUCAGCUGGGGAGAGGCAGGCGUGUGCGCGUUCGCGUGCCGACCAACCGGGAAGCGAAGCUCAAACCGAGCAAGACCCCGUGCAUCGGCGCAGUCUACAAGUCGGAGUCGAAUCGCAGAGAUUUGUACCCACUGUAUCUAUUCGACGUGCGGAUUUUUAACGCUACCGUCACCAUCAUGGCCGACCCAGCGGUGCCAUCGAACAGCGCUGAUGAGGGUGAGGUGGGCGCGCGAGGUUUCGCCAGACAGGGCGCUUUGAGGCAGAAGAACGUGCACGAAGUGAAGGACCACAAGUUCAUCGCGCGCUUCUUCAAGCAGCCGACCUUCUGCAGCCACUGCACCGACUUCAUCUGGGGUUUCGGCAAGCAAGGCUUCCAGUGUCAAGUGUGCUGUUUUGUGGUCCACAAACGCUGCCAUGAGUUUGUUACUUUCUCCUGCCCGGGGGCCGACAAGGGCCCAGCAUCAGAGGACCCCCGCAGUAAACAUAAGUUUAAGGUACACACAUACUCCAGCCCUACAUUCUGUGACCACUGUGGAUCUCUACUGUAUGGGCUCAUACACCAAGGGAUGAAAUGCGACACUUGUAUGAUGAAUAUCCAUAAACGAUGUGUGGAAAAUGUUCCCAGUCUGUGUGGAACAGACCACACCGAAAGGAGAGGACGACUAUUCAUCACAGCUGAUAUCUUAAAUUAUGUUCUCACAGUAACCAUCAAGGAUGCUCGGAACUUGGUGCCAAUGGAUCCUAAUGGCCUGUCAGAUCCAUACGUGAAGCUAAAAUUAAUUCCAGACCCAAAGAGCGAGAGCAAGCAGAAGACCAAAACCAUCAAGUGCUCCCUUAAUCCUACCUGGAACGAAACCUUCACCUUUAACCUCAAAGCUACAGAUAAGGACAGGCGUUUGUCAGUGGAGAUUUGGGAUUGGGAUUUGACCAGCAGAAAUGACUUCAUGGGAUCAAUGUCUUUUGGUAUCUCUGAGCUGCAGAAACAAAGCGUCAAUGGAUGGUUUAAGUUGCUGGGUCAAGAGGAAGGGGAAUAUUUCAAUGUUCCAGUCCCACCAGAUGGAGAAGAGGGCAAUGAAGAACUGAGGCAGAAAUUUGAGAGAGCCAAGAUUGGCCCUGGAACUAAGAAUACAGAUGGCUCUUCAAAGAAUGACAUCACCAAAUACGAUGCCAAUGGCAAUCAAGACCGCAUGAAGCUCACAGACUUCAACUUCAUUAUGGUGCUGGGCAAAGGCAGCUUUGGCAAGGUAAUGCUUGCAGAGCGUAAAGGCUCAGAUGAGCUCUACGCGGUGAAGAUCUUGAAGAAGGAUGUGGUCAUUCAGGAUGAUGAUGUUGAAUGCACUAUGGUGGAGAAAAGAGUUCUUGCUCUUUCUGGGAAACCGCCUUUCCUCACCCAACUCCACUCCUGCUUUCAGACCAUGGACCGUCUUUAUUUUGUGAUGGAGUUUAUCAACGGUGGAGAUCUGAUGUACCAGAUACAGCAAGUGGGAAAAUUCAAGGAACCUCAUGCUGUGUUCUAUGCUGCAGAAAUUGCCAUCGGCCUCUUCUUUCUCCAUUCAAAGGGCAUUAUUUACAGAGAUCUGAAGCUGGAUAAUGUGAUGUUGGAUGCUGAAGGCCAUAUUAAGAUUGCAGAUUUUGGCAUGUGCAAAGAGAACAUGAUUGAUGGAUCCACAACCAAAACCUUCUGUGGCACUCCAGACUACAUUGCCCCAGAGAUUAUUGCUUAUCAACCAUAUGGAAGGUCUGUUGACUGGUGGGCCUAUGGAGUUCUCCUGUAUGAAAUGCUGGCAGGACAGCCCCCUUUUGAUGGUGAGGAUGAAGAUGAGCUUUUCCAGUCCAUCAUGGAGCAUCAUGUGUCUUACCCCAAAUCCAUGUCCAAAGAAGCAGUGGCCAUAUGCAAGGGGCUGAUGACCAAGCACCCAGGCAAGCGUCUGGGCUGUGGACCAGAGGGAGAACGAGACAUUAAGGAACACGCUUUCUUCCGCUUCAUGGACUGGGAGAAACUGCAGAACAAGGAAGUCCAACCACCCUUCAAACCCAAAGCGUGCGGUCGAGACGCAGAGAACUUUGAUCGUUUUUUCACCCGCCAUCCUCCCGUCCUGACCCCUCCCGACCAGGAAGUGAUUCAAAACCUGGACCAAGAAGAAUUCAGGGGCUUCUCGUUCAUUAAUCCUAACUUUCCAUCUGUGACUUCCAAGUAGCUAGUUUAAGACCAAUAAAACUAGCAAAUUAUAGGGACCAAUCAGAUUACAGAUCUUAAAAUGACAUAGUUUGAAUGGACCAAUGAGAGCUGUCUACCAGAUUGAUGGAAUGGAGGUAAUUUCUAUAUACAAUGUUCCUUCCUGCUUAUUCUUUCAAUACAUGUUGCUUAACCCCCUUAUUUAGGGAAGGAUCAAGGUAUAUUGACAAACUUUGUUAAUGAUCUUACAACAGAGUGAGUGUGUAGAGGCUUUGAUCGAUUUUUACUAUUCUGUAAUGCUCGUGUAUCAUGUACUGUAAUAUUACGGGUCUUGAAAUUCGAACUUAUCAGGGUGAAUCUCACAGAACCUUCUAAGAACAUGUUCAUGUCAUAUUUUACCCCAAAAUCAAGAGAGCAAAAAAUAAAUGACUUAUUGUCAUUACUGUAAUGUGAACAAUACAAUGAUACAUUAUUAAAUUUGAGUAUUUAUACGCCAUGGUAGCAUUUGUUGUACUGCCUUUACAUUGUGCAAAUUUAAAUAAAAAUGUAUCUCAAUCGGAAUUUAAAAAAGUCAACUACUACUGUAUUAUAGUAGUAUAGUAUAAUAGUAAGAAUCACAUUUGAGAAUAAUAGGACUCAAAACUUCAAAAGUGAGAAUGUGGGGGGGAAGUGUGCUUAAAUAAUAUUAAAUGUACAUUUAAAAAAUAAUAAAAUAAAUUUUUAUAUUGAUACUAAAACAAAAUAUUAUAAUUAAUUUGUAAUUCUUUUUAAAUGACAAUAAUUAAAAGAUUUUUUUUUUUUGCAGUACAGUAAAAGGUAUUGGUUGGGCCCUAACAAUUAGGGAAAUGUCCUGAAUUGUCAUCAAAUAUAUAUCUAAUUUAUUAUUCUUUUAUAAUUAUAUUUGGGGGGGGGGGGGCAUGAACUGGACAUGUUCCUGACAGAUUCACCCAUUUGCCUAUAAUGAAACAUAUCUUUGGAAUAUCAAAUAUAACUGCCAAAUCUACUGUCACCCCCUAACACACACAUACACGAGCCAUGCGGCUCAGAUCAGCCAUUUACCGCUUAUUGAUCAGGAUGUUUACCUUGUUGUCACCCCAUUUUUAGUGCUUUUUUUUUUUGGUUGGGUGUUGUGCUUGUGUGAUUGUGCCAAGUCAGAGAUUAUAUUUAGGAACUGGUCAUGCCAACAUGUAGUUUUUCAACCAGUGCUGCUUGGAAACUCAUCACCACUUCCUUAAACAAACUUAAAGAUCAAUCAACUGGAAAUGAUAGUGAUGUGACUAAAACUUUGCAACAGAUUUUCAGACAUUAUAUUGUUGUAACCUCUUACUUCUGAGAACAUAUCUUUUUGUAAUUAUUCUGCCAAAUCUGUGAUGUAUGACUUUUUUGACUUGUUACCUGUGCCUGGCAGUGUUUGGAUCAAAUUACUGUGAAACUGUGGACAGACUGUUUCCAUAGAGGUAUAUAUAUAUAAAAUAUAUGUAUUUGGAAUAUAGUG